CAACCGACUGAGAACUGAGCCGUUACCAUAGCGAUAUAACCAAAUACGAAUAUUUAAUCCAUCUAGUUUAUCCGCCAUUUUUAAGACAACAGACUCUUAAUAAUGUCUAAAGAUUAUCAAUUAGAACGUUAUUCUAGGCUUUAAUAGCAUCAUUUUGAUACGAGAGAAUCAUUUUAGUCCUUUGGAGACGAGAUGAAGGGUUGUUUGAGGUCGAAAGAUGGGAGUUCAGUCUAUCAAUUGAGGAAUGCUGUGACUACUAUUGGUCGUGAAGGCAGCGAUAUUACUCUACCAUUUUCAAGUAUUGAGAAACAACAUGCCGUAGUUGAGUUUGACGAGUGUGAGGGAUGUUUUAUUCUACAAGAUUUGAACUCUGCUAAUGGCACUUACGUCAAUGAACACAGGGUGCAGAACUCUGCUGUGAGACUAGCGCCAGGAGAUAUCAUCAGAUUUGGGUUUGGCAAUCCUGGAUAUGAAUUAGCUAUUGAUCAAGUACCACCCAUUCAAUACUCCUCCCUCACAUCAGGCAGACCAUGGAUGAAUACAAUUCCACCUUCUUCACAAUACAACUCCACAUCUCUACCAUACAUUUCUACUGCCUUGUCAUCUAUAGUAGAUGGCAUGCCUGUAUUCCAAGGUCCGCAGUCAGUUAAUCUACCAAGUGCUGGAAUUGCAAGUGAAAUGAGAUCUGGGGUUGAUUCUUGGGGUGGAGGGGUAAUGCCACACCCUCCUUUAAGGUCCCGUCCGGCUAGCGCUGGAGUCACCAAACCAAGACCACUCUCUGCUGGUAGAGAGCGUACACCCAUGAUGUCCAGAGGUGGGUGGGUAGAAAAUGUGGGAGCAUCACCAAACCAAGCUGGACAAAAAACUGCAGAGGAAUUGGAAGAGAGGCUUCUUCGGAUGGGUGACGAGUUGAGUAGACUUGCGUCUUAUGAGACAGAGUGUCAUCGUAAAGACGGAGUCAUCAAUUCACUCAGAGAUGAAGUAGCUGAUUUGAAGUCUAAACUUUCCACCAACAAUUAUGGAUUUAGGGGUGGCGGAGAGGAAUCUGCUUUCUCUAGCAUUGGAAUCGUUGGUGAACUAAGACAACAGAACUCCCAUCUUCAAGCACUGCUCAAGGAGAAAGAAGAAGCUCACAGAACAGUAACACAGAAACUAACGAGCUAUCAAGAACAACUGCACAUUAAAAAUGAAGAACUUAAUACAUUGAAACAGCAACUGGACUCUCAGAAAUCAACCCCAAUUAUCAAAGUUAAACAAGACCCCAACGGAACAACAAACACCUUGGCUUCACUAAAAACACAGCUCGCUGAGAAAGACCGCAAGAUAGCACAGCUAACCCAUGACUUGGACAAGGCAAACAAACAGAAGACGCAGACGUCAACGUUGUUAAACUCUCUCCAGCGGGAUAAUUCUGCUAAAGACUCACUUGUACAACAGGCGAAGAUAGAAAUUGAGAAACUGAAGAAACAACUGCGGGAGAAGGAUGUGACUAUUUCAACAAUAUCAGCUAAGCUCACUCGUCAAAAGGCAAGCAAGGAGGCUGAGAUGGAAGCUGACAAGAGAGAGCGCGAGUUCACCUCACACAAAGAGAAACUCCAGAGCACUGAGAAGCAACUCAAAGAACGUAACAGGCAGGUGUCUGAACUACAGGACGAGCUGGACAGAGUAAAGAAAACUGCUAAUGAAAACAGACAGAGCGAUCGUUCCCUGCUGCAAGAACUCGAUCAUGCCAAGGCACAGUUCCUGGAUGCUAACAGAGCUGAGAAACUCUUGAAGGUCGACAUGCAGCAGUUAGAAAAGAGGUUUGAUCGAUUUAGAAGAAAAGCAAUUCAGAAUAUAUUUAUUGGAGGCAAGAAAACGCCCGCCAACCGUGAACUAGACGAUGAUGAACUGCUUGAUCAUAUCAAAGAUUUGUCCCAAGAGAACGCGAAACUAGUGGAGGAAAUCAAUGAAUAUGCUGAGGCAGAAGACAAGGCACAGACCCAAAAAGCGGACUUGAAAGAAGCAAUGAGUACGUUACGUAAAGAUAUGGAAAACAUGGAGCGACAUCUAUCAAAGUAUGGCCGUAGUUGCAAAACCAUUGAAGAAGAAGUAACAAAGCUAGAAGAACUACACACUCAUGAUUCCUUAUUAUGGAUAAAGGAUGUUAUGACUCGACUUCUUAACAAUGAAAUGUCCUGGCAGAAAAGAGCAGAGGAAACGAUGARAAGAGCUGGGGUUGCCUUUGAUGACAGCGGCGAAGACAAUGCACCCACAAUCGAUGACCUUUGCAGAGAGCUGAAGACACAAAGAGAGAAGUAUAGACAGCUACAGGCAAAAAUUUCUGAAAUGGAAGAAACACACCAAGAUGUUAUCUUCAAGCUCCGAGAAGACGCUAAGCAGGACGAAGAACGUAAGAUAGCACGAACUAUUGCCGAGGUUAAGGCAGAAGAACAAGAAAAACGACAUGAAAUGAUGCAAGAAAUGAGAGGAAAAGAACAGGAAAGAAUACGAGAAGCAGUGGAAACUGAGAGAAGGAUCCUUGAAUCACAACACGGAAGUGUCACGCAAAUGCAACAGGCUUUGAGUGACAAAGAACAUGAGCUGCAUCGCUAUAAGACAGCAUUAGGAGAGGCAAAGUCACAGUACGAACAAGCCAAGAAAGAACUGAUAGAAACAAAAGAGAAUGAGAACAAGCUUCUCGUUCAGCUUCAAGAAAUAUCUCUUAACCACGAGACACAGUUGAACAAAGUCAUUAACGAGAGAGAAGAACUUAGAAACUACAAACACGAAGAAGUGGCUUCCUUUAAGGUGCAAACUCGCCAGCAUGCACGGACAAUUGUAGCAAUGGAGGACCGACUCCUACAGCUAACCAAGCAAAACAAACAAUUAGAGCUGGAACUUGCCUGUCACAAACAACCUGGAGGAAAACAUAGACCUUCUUCACCUCGUAAAGAAUCCAAAUCACCAUCUCCAAGAAAAGAAAACAACUCUAGACCCCAGUCUCCCAGGAAAGAACCCAAACAAACCCGGUCGGUGGAGACUGAGACGAUACCACAGACGAAUGUAGAAGCUUCACUCAAGUCUGAUGUCUAUAAACUAGAACAGCUGGUUCUACUUCUGAGACGCGAAGCAAGCCAAGCCAAGAAAGAGGCUCAAGCGCAAGCCGACGUUGUCCAGGCCCUCCGUAGAGAUCUCGCCGGAGCCUCGGCACGAAUGUCAGACAUGGCCGGCGAACUCAGCGACAAACAGAAACAAAAACUUGAAGAAAACGAAGAGCGAAUCCGCCAACAAGACAAAGAAUUAGAAGGACAAAAGAAGCAGUUGAUCCAACUAUCUCGGCUCGUAGACGAGCAACAGAAAGAGAUAGAGGAUAGAGAGGAGAAACUAAGCGAACACCAGAUAACUUUCAUCAAGCAAAAAAAAGACGCAGCCAAGAAGGGGACGCAGUUGAUGGAGUACACCGAUAAGCUGGUGGAAGCGCUGGAGGAUAAAGAAGCCGAGAUAGAAAUUAUCGAGGAGGAGAAUAAAAAUUUAAGUGAGCUCCACAAGCUUGGCAUUCAAUGUCGAGGUGAACGUCAUGACCAGGUCAUCGCGCGGCAGAAGGAAGCUUUAAUGGAUCUAAGGAAGAAAUCUAAGAUCCUGGAACAACUGAAACCACCUUUGCCGAGUCACGAGCAAUCGCUACAGCAAAUAGUGGUCCUAAAGAACGAACUGGCAGAACUGAGAGCAUCAAUAGCGAAUAGAGAAGAAGAUUAUCAUAAAACUGAGUCAGAAAUACAAACUGAGGCACUUGAGCUUCUUAUAUCAAGAAUAAAUCGAUUACACGAGAGACUAGACAGAAAAGAGAAGCUGUUGGGAGGAUAUGAAGAUGAUCUGCUUAGCCUCAGACAAACUCAGUCAAUUGCUGGUCAAAAAGCAGCCGAAGCUAAAGGUUUAAAGAUCGAUGUGCGCGGUCGACAAGAAGAGAUUGCCUACCUUCGCGAGUCGCUGUCCCGAAUGCGAGACGAACUCGAUCAACAACGAAGACUAAAUAAAUGUCUACAAGAACGCAAGAAAUUUGCUAUGGAUUACGAGGACAGAGAUCACUAUACUACAUCACAUUCAUGUUACCAAGAUGAAUUCACUAAAUAUCAGGACGAAAAGAAGAAAAAGAAAUCUUCAGAAAAAUUAAAACGAAAAAAUUACGAAAUAGAAUCCCUCAAGAAGGAACUGCUGUCUGCAGAUAGAGAACUAAACAGUACUGCAUUAAAACUACAAGCCCUUGAAUCUAGUCGGGGUCUUCGAAGUGAUAUGACCUUGGAAUUAGAAGACGUAUAGAACCUAGACAGACAGACAGACAGUCCCACUAGAAGGUGUAAAUACUACGAUUUUGUUAACAUGGUGGUCAAAUAAAAAAGCUUGCUUGUAAUUUUUUAUAUUAACUUUUAUGAUAUUUAAAAUGCCUGUCAAAGAAUAGAGUCACUGGGCAGUCUCGUUGAGGGAAUAACCAUGGCAACCAUGUUGGAAAACAGAAAAAAAUACACCUUGUUUCACGAGGGUGUAACAGAAAAAUCACAGAGGCUUGUUUCCUAUCUGGCCCUCGAUUCCUGAUUGAAUGGAAUUUAGAAGUUGAUUUUUGUGGAGGGAGGAAAAACCAGAGAACCUGGAGAAAAAUCCGGGUCGCAUUGGUGAGAUGCGAUGCAUUAAUAUUACGAUCUUUUAUUUCCCAAAACAAAAUUUCUCUUGGCUUGUUCUACAAUAUGGCUGCCAUGGAAUUCAGCUGUAACCAGCUAAAACUCUAAGGCCUUGGCUAAACGAGGAAACAUGUUUCCAGAAAUAUGUUUACCGCGCGCAUGUUUCCUCGAUGUUUACCAGUUUAGCCACAUGCGAAACAUUACUGCGUGCAACAAAUUUUGCUUCCAAGACGCAAAAAAUGUUUUUGCUGUGCGGCAGAACCAUUUCAUGUUUCCAAGAUGCAUGGAAACAUUAUUUCCCGAUGGCAGUUUUGCCACCUUAGGAAACAUGUUUCCUCGUUUAGCCAGGGCCUAACUGAACAUGACAUGCUGUUCUAAAAGAUGUAAAAUAUUAAAAGUUUACUAACUGAG